AUGAGUUCAAAUUCAAUGAAACCAGGUUUAUCCUCCGCAUUACCAAGAAAGGAAGAAUCAACAUACGGUGAAACGUUGACUGGUUUCAAGACAGCUGCGACCAGUCUUGGUAUUCCGCUGCAACCUAAGACAAUAUUAAUCGAUUUUGAAUUAGCAGCAUAUAAUGCAUUUUCCGAAGCAUUUCCAAAUGCAUUUAGAAAAAGGUUUUCCCUUUGUUACAGAGAUAAACACUCGUCCACCAUGGACGUCCGAACCAACGGCUGUCAACUAGGUAUGACUCAUUUUGUAAACCUACCUAGUUUUUUGGGUGAAGAGCUAUAUCGAUGAUUCACACAACAUCACAUCGGCCAUCAUCACAAAAAAAUCAAAGCAGUAGGAUUUUCUACAGCGCAAACUGACUUAUAAGGUUCUAAAAAGCUUCAUCGCCACAGUUUUUCCUGCCGAAUCGAAUGCUGUAACUUUUAACAAAAUCUACUUUUCGCAAUUGCCAGGCGGAAGUACAUCACAUCAGAAAUCAUAGUGAGAAGAGAGUCACUGUAUAUACAGGUUCGGUGGUGUAGCGGUUAUCACGUCUGCUUCACACGCAGAAGGACGCGAGUUCGAACCUCGCUCGAACCUUUACUUUUUCAUAUUUAUUUCUCUUUGUUUUAGUGAAAAAAAAACAAUUAUCGAAUUUUUAUUAUUAAGUUAAUUUUACACCACUAGUCAAUCAAACUAGGUGAUUUGCUAACUUUUCGAAAAGUUUUGAUGGUAUCACUGAUUCUUCAGAUAUAAUUCGCAGA